GUUGGGAUGGAGAGAGAGAGAAUUAGAGCUGAGUGAUAUUUGUGGAUUCUGUUAUAUUUGCCAUGAUGUGACCUUUCUGAUGAGGCUGACUGCAUUUGUACUGAAAUCCUUUGCACAGUCUCGUGGUUUCAUUUACAUUGACCCGAAAGAGUUGGUCACUGCCAAGGACUGGAUCAUUCAGCAUCAGAAAGAGGAUGGUUCAUUCCCUGCAGUCGGGCGCAUUCUUAAUAAAGACAUCCAGGGUGGGAUCCAUGGCAAAAUUUCGCUGACCGCCUAUGUUGUUGCAGCUCUACUAGAGACAGGACUCAGCUCCGAGGAAGAGAAAGCUGCAGUUGGAAAAGCUAAACAUUUCUUGGAGACGAACACAUAUUCAGCGGAUGAUCCAUACACCACGGCCCUUUCUGCCUAUGCACUGACCCUACUCCGCAGUAAACAUGCCCCAGUCGCACUGAGAAAGCUCAACAACAUGGCCAUAAUGCAAGGUGGGUACCUGUCCUCUGGGCUGGGGUGUCAUCUGCCAGUUCUAGUGGCAUGUUUACACUGGUUUCCCCAAACUGUAAAUAUGAGAAGGAGAUUGGGAGGGCACUGACUGUCUGGUGAAACA